CUCGAUAUUUCCACGCUUUAAGCCUAAAUUUUCUCAGCAAAUGUCUCCUCUGGAUCCCAUCUUCGGCAGAUAUCGUACACUGCCUUUCAAUUCAUUUCCACUCACAACCAAAGCCCUAUUUUCCUUCCUUUUCCCCCCACCAUUAAAUAGGUAUUUUAGGUCAGUUUUCAAGGGGUUGGUACCAAUCUUUCCUCCAUGAACCAGAGAAAGAGAAAAUAAAAAAUGAAAAUCUCCUCUUAAAAUGACGGCAUGUGAAUCAUCAGGCUACACCGGGGCUUCUUUCUCGAUCACAAAUCCGUCACAUUAUACACCGUAUUUUUAGGAAGGAGGGGUUGUCGUCGUUAUCAGUAAUAUCCUCCUUUUAGCCGAUGUCAAUUUUUGUUUCCUCUCCCCGUCAACAGAUGCUGGUGCUUAUUUUAUCGGAGGGUUUUUUGACCAGACCCCCCUAAAAAAGGCCCCUUUCUCUGUCCUUUUUCUCUCUGUUACGUUAAUUUGUAUUUCUCCUCACAUCGGGAAGCUUCUCCGGCCGAGCGAAGAGGCGGUGUUUGGCAGUCUGAUGUCCUUGAAUAAAACGCGAUAUCCAGGUGGUGUAGGUGAGAAAUCCUCCGUUAUUUCCACCCGUUUUGGCGCAGGUAACGUUACAGCCCGCUGUCAAGCCCCUCAGCUUUUUGUAUUCCCUUUGAAUCCGUAUGGUAGAUUAUGGUUACAUGUGCAUGAUACAUGAACGUACCGCGGUGUUUUCAAUCACUGAUCCAACGGCGAGACGUUUGUUUUCCAACCGCCGACAGGCCGCGUCAGCUCCGGUGAAGCAGCGGAGGGGAUGAGGAUGGUCUCUUUGCGGUGUUACUCUGAAUUAUUUUUGCCCCCUUUUUUCUCUCUGAAUUGAACAUUGAGAUAGAUAGCGUUGAAGAGGUGGGGUGGGGCAAACGGCUCUCACGGAACCCUGGGAACAAAACGGCGGUCAAGCUCCACCCGACGAGAAUUUACAACUUCCGGUCGUAUCUUUCACAAUAAAGCUCAGUGGGACUCAUUGUUUAAGCGUAGGAUAGAAAAUGACUAGCAAAGCUCUUUCUUACUAUUAAGUUUAAAUUCAACAAGACAACAAAGGUUUUGAAUAUUACCUCCCUGUCUACUCUCUUGUAAUAUACAGAAAAUGUUUGGUGGAAGAGAGGGCAGGUAUGUAUCAUAAGCCACGUUUAUAUGGGUAGUUUUCCUCAAUCUGAUUGAAAUCAAUCGGAUUAAGUGAAUCUGAUUCCAUCUGUAUACAUGUACUUUAAGUAAAGAGAUCCACGUUCAAUCCACAUUUGCAUGGCCCCAGCUGAAUCCCAUUGUAUUGGGUUUUUUUUUUUUACAUGCCCAGAAGGUCACUCUGCCACUACCUGCAAAUGUGUAAAAGAAUAGGAGGUGCACUACAUGCCUCCUGUUUACCUGUAGAAAGACGGAUCCGCGUUGUGUUUUGUUGUGUUUUGCUUAUUGUGUUGUGGUUACAUUUAUUUGCGGCUCUGAAGUCACAGCAGUUAAUCGCCAUGUUUGUUUUCGUUUGGGCGCACUCUGCGUAUGUCACUACGUGCCUCUUACGUACUACGGAGCGCCUGCACAGACCAAACAAGCCUCUCUGUAAACCCAAUCCGCUCCACUCAGCCGUAUAUAUGGAGCAUGGAGCGGAUUAUCAAUCGGCGUAGACUACCUCUUACAAUCCGACCCGAAAUACAAUCAGAUCCAGGUGAAUCAGAUUGGCUAAUGUGUUUAUAUGAGACAUUUUGAAUCUGAUUGACCUUUCAAUCUGAUUGUAAAUAGGAUUUUUGGACCCAUGUAAACAGGGCUAUAGACUGUAUAUACUAUGGACAACUGGUCGCUGUGAUGACAAUCGACUGGAUGAACUAUGCAAUCUUCAUACGCUCAUAUGUGACGAGAUAAGAGAAAAACAUAAUAAAAGCUGAUGAACUGAAGUCAUUUGAAGCAGGCAUCUAAGUAUUAUUUGAUAAAUACAAACAUUAUUAUACUAUUCAUAAAAGUGGAUGUAGCAGUGUGAAAAUGACCCUUACGAAAAUGGUUUUAACGCCAUCAAAAUGUGAUUAGGGGUGUAAAGGUCAAUGUUUUCUUUUGUUAAAAGUAGCAACAUGGACAUUCCUGUAAAUCGAUGCCAAAUGCCUCAAACUGUGAAAAAAAAUGACAGAAAAGAAAAAUAAAAAACUUAUUUUUCGACUACAAGUAAAAAUGUGUGUGUAGACUGUGUGUCAUUCAAAUUCAGUAGUCUGAAGAUAAAGAUAGCGGUAUAUGUUAUAUAUUUUAUUUUAGUUUAAAACAUACAAACACGACAGUACUAUGCCUAUUAUUUUAUUAUAUGCAUAGUAUAUUGUAAUAUGUUAUUUUAUUAUUUUUAUUGAUAUUGCCUUUUAUAUUUACUAUCCUGUUUCCGCUCUCGACCCCCCUUUUAAUUGCAUUUUCUUUUUUCUUAAGUAUUUUAUGUUUUUAUUUUGGUCCUCAUGGUCUCAUUUUAUGUUGCAUGGUUCUUGUAUUGUCUGGUUCCCUAUGACAUGAAAAUGGCCUUUAGUUCUGUUGAAGCUGAGCUUUUUGUUUUUAUCUGUCUUUUUCUAUGUGCUUUAUGACUAUAUGUCAAAGCACUUUGUAAACUUCUGUUUUUAAAAGUGCUAUACAAAUAAAGUUAUUAUUAUUACUGUUAUGACACACUGAAUUUCUAACAUGGUCAUACAGCAUUUAAAGCCUGAUGUUGACACUGAGUAAGAAUAGAACGAACUUCACUGAUGAAUUUAUGAGUCAGACUUCUUCUCACUUGAAAACGUACUUUUACUUUGAAGUGAAAAUAACCACACUUCCGGUUUUUUCUCUGUCGUCGCUUUACGGAUCUGGACUGAAGCAGGCUCAGAUCACAUGAUUGCCCGGAGCGUCAUGAAGCAGAGGUACAGAAGGGGAGAGGCGCCCUCUUUGAAGCAAAAUGAUUAUCAACCUGUCCUCAAAUAAGGUUUCAAUCAACAACAGUGAUAAACGCUAAGAAAGUUACUCUCACUUUAAUAAUAAUAAACUAUUUAAUUGAUAUGCACUGAGCAAAAACACGAAGUGAACAAUGACACCAAAAAGUGAAGGAUACUCUGCUCACUGAACCUCUUAAGUCUUGUUGUUCCAUGCAGGUCAUGAGGGCCUGGCACAGGGGGACAAAGUCAUUGUUGUGUCUCAGGUCAGCAAUGACAACAGGUCCCAAGUCUAAACUUUAUGUUUCAAGUCCACCACAUCAUUGACCCUUUUGCAUUUUCUUCUUUGUUUAAAUCCUUUAUACUCUGGGUCAGUUUUGGUUACUUCAUUAGCUCAUCGUCACUUCAUUUACUGAGGGAUGGGGGGGCUCAAAUGACAAGAUUAACAGGUUGAACCGGACUAGAGUCAUGCCCACCACAAGCAGCUUUAGUUAUUUUAUAAAUAUGUAGAAAACAAUAAGUCAUGAUUUGAUUUUUUUUAGUGAGAUAUACCGAAUUUUAUGACAAAAAACUGCAUUAAAGAGUGUAGAUACAAAACACAAUGUGAUGAUACAAGAAACAAGGAGGGGUUUGUUACACAUGAAACCUUAGGGUGAUCGCAUGCUGUGGCUUUUACUAUCACUAUAGAUCAGGAUCCAACUAUUAUGUUAUUUUCAUUUUCACUUUUAAUCUUUAACCCACUGGGAUACUUUACAAAUCAAAAACAAGUCAGAACAAACAAACAUUUAGUCACAGAUAAAUCCAACAAAACAUCUCUAAACUUAGGACCUCAACUCAAGGAAGGACUUCAGGAUAUUGGUUGUAUCAUAGUUUAAAAUAACAAACAACUAUAUAAUAUUCAUGUUAAGCAAACUACAUUAUUUCAACUUUUUUUGCGUUAAUACAUUCAUACUGUCAAUUCCAGUCCUGUAUAUACUAUAGAUUGGCUUGAUAUUGAUAAAUCUUGCACUAAUCUAUGAGAAGAUAACACAGUGUUUACUAGUUGAUAAAUGACUGAUGUGCCUCUGUUAACUCCUCUUAAAUCCCAUUUUACUCAAAACAGUUGCAGCAUUGGUAAAAUUGAUCAAUACAGUUUGGGAAAUGUUAACUAUGCAACCCAGACGCUCUGUAAGCUUGACUCUCCGAAUGGUUAUCUGAAUUUUUAAAGAGCUCCCUGCUUUUUUUUUACCCCCUUUGGCUACAUGCCUGCACUGACACACUGCAUGAAAAAUCAUACACACACACAUACACACAUGCACAACACCUCCCUCCACAAAUACGUCAAAAGGCAGGGGAGAGAAGCUCAGGGCAAAACACAUAAAGGUCAUCAACGACAACUAUAUGCGACUGUGACUGUCUAAUGAACCCAGACAGACAACUGAGAGUAGAAGAAGCGAUUGCUCAAAUAUGAGCAGAAAAUUACAGGAAAAUAUCUCAUCCAAAAUAAGAAAUCUUCUUUUUGUGACUGUUCUUCCCCUUUUAACAAGACAAAGAAGUUCAUACUCUUUUCUGAAGGUAACAGUCAUUAACCAGUCAAUACCCCCGUCAUACUGUCAUGGAAAGUAUCAAAGCAUUUACUGACGUACCCACUGUUAUAUCCUUGGACUUUUUUUUACCUGUACCUCUUGUGUCUCGAGUAUUCCACCAACCUGCUUCUUAAAAAGUUGGGACACUGAGUAAAAUAUUCAGAAAACCAGAGUUCAGUGGUUUGCAAAUGAUUUAACCACAAUAAUUAAUCAUUUAAAUCCAAUAUUUAGUGUUGAAUUGAAAAUGAAAAUGUGAAGACAGCACAUCAAACAUCAAAACCGAAACACUUUUUUGCUUUGUGAAAAAAUACAAAUGCUCAUUUCAAACUUAAUACUUGAAGAAUGUGGUUUACCAUUGUGUUGCUCAGUCUGCUUGUCUUUCCUUAGGAAAGCAUUAUCUGGAUGGCAGCAUAGAUUGGUUCAAAGUCUAUUCAGUAUAUACUGUUCAGCAUUAAUGUGUAGGCUCCCUGUACCACCAGUUCGAGGUGCAUCUUAAUCGGCCCAGACCUGAAGAAGUUGCAGACAUUUUUGGAUCGUGUUUCUAUAUGGUUUGAAUCAACUAUAUACGUAUGUGGUAGAAUCAACUAUGUCCAUAGACAAUGGUUUUCUAUAAAUGAUUUUGAAUCAAUGCAGUGAUUUCCACAAAAAAAACAUCAUUGUUUUAAUGUAGAGCUGCACAAGGGCCCAAAGAUUUAAACCAUCCAGAAUUUCUUUAGGGACCUUCUCAUCUUUUACAGUUUUUUUUUUCCCCAAGUUCUUUUAUCGUGGAUAGUCACAUGUCAAUACUCUUUACAAUUUUACGGUCAGGAUCACUUUCCUGAAAUCUAUUUGCGCACGCAGUCUCAAACAGAGUGGUGGACCUACAUCUUUCCUUCUGAGAGACCCAGAAGGAGUGCUCUUUGUAAACCCGGUCAUGUUACUAACCUACUAACCCGCAAAUUAACUUGAUUAGUUAUGGGAUUUUCCACCAAGUGUUUUUAAGCACUGUACAACUCUUAAACUGUGCUGUUAUCCUUGUUACAGCUAUUUUUAGACAUUUCUGGUGUGAAAUCUAAAAUAAGCCUGCAUAAUUUUACUGUUUGUUCCCAAAUUUAUUCCUAGUACAUUUCAGAUAUAUCUGGCAUGAAACAGACUUUGAUGAAAGUAUAUAUUGAGGUAGGGCCUCAGAGAUCCAAACAACUUGCAAUAAUCAUUUCUCUGGCGAUAUCAUGCCAUGUCUGUAAAAGCCCUCUAGAUGGCAUUAUUGGUCAUGCAGAAUCCCCUCACUGCUGCAAACUUUACCCACCUUCAUGGCUGGAAACAGAAACUGUUCAUUUUAAUCUUCUGCUACAUCAAGAAAAAGUUGUUAAACUGAUCACAAUUUUGAGUAUUCAAACAGAUUUUUGCUCCAGUUUUAAUUUUGAAACUCAGUUUUGGUUUUUGUUUUUUUAAUCAGACAAAGUGGGACAUGUUCAGGACAUGUUAUCUUGCACUACAGAAGGUUUUUUUCUUAAUUCAUCUGCUCUUUACUUUCUUUUUCCUGUUUCUGGUUGGUAGUUUAGUUCAUAGAUGUAUUUUUGUCAUACAUAGCUGACUUGGUAAAUUUUUGCACCAACUUUUUUCCACUACAAGAGUAUGCAGUUUAUUAAUUUAGGAUACAAUACGAUGAUAUCAUGAAAGAUUGUUACAACAUCCUAUUUGAUGCAUUUAAAUAUUUUGGUUACAUGCAAUUUUAAGGGCAACAAACAAUAUAUAGAAAUAAAAGAAAGCACAGAAGUUCAUCGUAGACAGUCUUUUUUUGUUUUCAUAGCAGAUAACAAAGUAGUUGUGGUAAGGUAUUACGUUUUCAUUGUGUACUUGACCCCUUCGAACCCCUGUGCUUCAAGGCUGAAGGGUGACUUCCUGACAACACUGAUGACGUCAUUUCUGUUAUGAUAUAAAAGACAUGAGAGACACUGAAGCCUAUCAGAGAAGCCCAGCUGUUCUGCGUUCUCUGGUCUGAUCAUCAUGCGUGAAAUUGUGCAUCUGCAAAUUGGACAAUGUGGCAACCAGAUCGGCUCAAAGGUAACCAAACAAAAUCUGUCUUCACCAUUAAAUGCAAUAACUUUUUUUUUUGUUCAAGUUUGAUGAAAUAUUGGGUUUGAUAAGAGUUAAUUUAAAUUUUGAUCUACUUGCUGCAUAUGUGCUGAAUGAAUGAGGUUGCUGCUGAAAUAAUUCAACUGUCCAUCUCACUGCGAUCAAAUCAUUUUAAUUAAACAAAUUUUGAAGCUAUGGCGCAAGUUUUGGCACUUUGUGUUUAUUUCCAUGGUGCUACUGACAGUUUUGAGUGACACAGGGUGUUCCCUGUCAUGUAUUCAGAGUAAAGAUAAGAGGCGUAUGCGAGACUGGCAUGGGUGGGACUUUUUUUAUCAUGGCAGCCACAAAAAAAGGGAAGGGAGCUGCAAGAUAAUUAAGCUGUAAGUUGCCUUGAACAUGCCAUGCAAAGAACAAAGACAUCAUAUGAGUAUUAUGUCAAUAAUCUUAGUCAUUUUAUCUUCAACAGCAGAGAUUUAUAAUCUGGUCAGAACAUGUCGUGAGUACAACCUGAUUAGACAGAGACUAAUAUCGGUAACAUGAUGUAUGUAGACCUGCAGGAAGGCCAUCAAUUCUAAUUAAAAGUUAAAGCCACAUAAAAUCCAAAUUCUGAGAUGACUGCAAGGAAAACAACCAAAAUGGUGGUGGACAGAAAGAAAAUCGACAGAUGGGAAUUUCACAUUAUCUCCUAACUCUCGGCUGUUUGUGAGUGAGCACCUUACAUUCUGUCAACGCCUCUGUCCUUGUAGUUUUGGAGCGUGAUCAGUGAAGAACAUGGGCUCAACGCAAAUGGAAACUAUGAGGGAGACUGCAGCCUCCAACUGGAGAGGGUCAACGUCUACUUCAGAGAAGCUCAUGGUGAUAACACUGACUGCAAACUGUUCAUUUACCAGUUACUUUUUGCAUUAUUCUUCUCUAUCAUUACAUUUUUUUUACUUUGACACUUAGAUAAACAAAUUUUAAAGAUGAGGAUUCCCAUUUGCUGUUUUUUUUAGGUGGGAAAUAUGUCCCCAGGGCCCUGCUUGUUGAUCUGGAGCCUGGUACCAUGGACAGCGUGAGAGGAAGUCGCAUCGGGGCCCUUUUCCGGCCAGAUAACUUCAUCCACGGUAAGACAAUUAAUGUGGAAGUCAGACUGCCAAGACUGUCCUGUUCAUUUGCUCUUUAAUAAAUGCCACUUAUGUCAUUAUGAGGAGAGGAAACUGUAAACAUUCAUGGUACUGCCAAAUAACCAGGGUCAAGUUUGCCAGACAAAUUUACAAACUUGUUGAUGAUUAUGUGAUUCUAUUUUUUUUUGUUUUUUUUUGCAUCAAACGCUGACAUCCAUUAUGGUUGUUUAGGAAAAUGUCUUAAUGGUAUACAGUCACCAAAUUCAACAAAUGCCAUAUUGGAAAAGGUUGUGAUUGGUCGAAUAUGAAUUAGGUUGGAUGAAAAUAUAUAUUCAGCCGUAUGUGAAAAAACUCUAGGGCUGUGUUUCCAUUAUGACUGUGAUUGUAUUUUUACUAUACCAGUGUGAUUGAAAAGUGAUGGAGUAAGACGACCCUUCAAACCUUUAUUAUUAUUUAUGUGUGUUACAGGCAACUCUGGCGCUGGGAAUAACUGGGCGAAGGGCCAUUACACUGAGGGAGCAGAACUGGUGGAGCAGGUUAUGGAUCGAGUGAGGAACGAGAGUGAAAGCUGUGAUUGCCUGCAGGGCUUCCAACUUGUUCACUCCUUAGGAGGUGGCACCGGCUCCGGCAUGGGGACCCUCCUCAUUAACAAGAUCCGAGAGGAGUACCCUGACCGCAUCAUGAACACCUUCAGCAUCAUGCCCUCCCCUAAAGUCUCUGACACUGUGGUGGAGCCGUACAACGCCACCCUGUCAGUCCACCAGCUCCUGGAGAACACAGACGAGACUUUCUGCAUCGACAAUGAGGCCCUCUACGACAUCUGUUUCCGCACGCUCAAACUGACCACGCCUACUUACGGGGACCUCAACCACUUGGUCUCUCUGACCAUGAGUGGAGUCACAACCUCCCUGAGAUUCCCCGGGCAGCUCAAUGCAGACCUGAGGAAGCUGGCUGUCAACAUGGUACCUUUCCCUCGCCUCCACUUCUUCAUGCCAGGCUUUGCCCCCCUGACUGCCCGCGGGAGCACACAGUACAGAGCCCUCUCAGUGCCCGAGCUCACUCAACAGAUGUUUGACGCCCGCAACAUGAUGACAGCCUGCGACCCAAGGCGGGGGCGUUACCUCACCGUUGCUGGCAUCUUCCGAGGCAAGAUGUCAACCAAAGAGGUAGAUGAGCAGAUGCUUGCAAUGCAGCAGAGAAACAGCAACCACUUUGUCGAGUGGAUCCCUCAUAACGUGAAGGUCGCCGUCUGUGACAUCCCACCAAAAGGCCUAAAAAUGUCCUCCACCUUCAUUGGCAACAACACAGCCAUUCAGGAGGUAUUCCGCCGGGUAGGGGAGCAGUUCUCGAUGAUGUUCAGACGAAAAGCUUUCCUGCACUGGUACACAGGGGAGGGUAUGGAUGAAUUGGAGUUCAGUGAGGCAGAGAACAACCUCAACGACCUGGUGUCAGAGUACCAACAGUAUCAAGACGCCACCACUGAGCAUGACUGGGAUGCAGAGGAUGAGGAAGUGGAUGGACCCUCAUCAAAAACGAUGACGCAAGUCCAGUCCCAGGUGGAAGUCAAACUAGAAACAGUGAUUGAAACAAGCAGAGAAACUGUAGAGUAAGAAGAGGGUGCAAAGUGUGGUGUGUUGGUUGGACACAUAGUUGGAAAACUUGUCUCAUUGUCCAUCCAAAGAAAAUUUAAAUUUAAUUCAAUUUAAAUGAUUUAAAUAGCCUCAGCUUGAAAAUGUGACAUUUUAAUAAGGUGCUCUUUCUCUCAUUGUGUAUUUUUUCAGAGUGUGGGCCUGUAUCAUUGUCUAAAUUAGAGUAAAAUCUGUGUUUUAUAUUAUGUGUUUAAAGAUUGUGGAAAUGUAUGUAAAUAUAAAGACUGUUAUGCUAUGCAAACUUUAUGUGCUUUUAAACAGAGGUGGGGGAAAGUCCUUAUGUUGCAUAAGUCCAAGGCAAGUCCAAGUCCUUUGCUCUCAAAUCUCAAGUCAAGUCCAAGUCAACACAGACAAGUCUCAAGUCAAGUCCAAGUCCUUACCGUGUCUUUCAAGUCAAAAACAAGUCAUAUCAAAGCCAUAAACCAUGUUAUAUGUAAAGAUUAACAUAAAUCAUGAGCAUUUUUCACUAUUUGCAUUUAUUAUUAAACACUUGUUUGAGUUAAGUUACAUAGUGCAGCUUUAACCAAACUAUUUUACAUGUCAUAAAAAAAAUAAUCAGAUAAACUUCAAUAAUUGGAAACUUAGACAAUGUGCACAAAAAUAAGGAAGAAUCAAAUACAAUUAAACAUUAAACUGAUGCUCUAAUUCACUGUUCCAAAACAAAACAAAGAGAGACACUAGGCAACACGUGGAAACAGGCGGGUAAUACUAGCGAGUGAUGUAUGUUCAGUCCUCCCGGUGUUGUCGUUAUGAGGGAGGCUAGAGUUUGAGACAGUGUUGCCAAGUUUCGUGAGAGAAAUGAGGAAACAGACCUCCAGAAACAAGCCAAAAAACAAGUGAUUUUUCUGUGGGAAACAAGCAGACUUGGCAACACAACACAAAAAGACUUUUCAAGUCAUUGGGCUCAAGUCAAGUCAAGUCUCAAGUCUUUAGCAAUCAAGUCCCAAGCAAGUCCAAGUCAUUUCUUGAUCAUCAAGCAAAUCAAAAACGGGACUCAAGUCCAAGUUGAGUCUCAAGUCGAGUCGUCAAGCCCCCACCUCUGCUUUUAAGUUAUAAGAAUUUAAUUUUGAUUGUUACACUGUUUGACAUUUCACUCCAUGUUCAGUAUAUGUUUCAUUGUCAGUUUUGUCUUUACAAUAAAUACAUCACCAAACAGAGAAGUGACCAUUUCUAACAAGCAUAUCAUCUCUAUAGCACAAAUAUUUCCCACCUCAUCCAGUUUUAUCUUUCAAAGCCAAACAGGAAUAAAAUAAAAUUGUAUUUUGUUGCAGUGAUGGACAAGCCCCUGACAGCACAGUGACAGUGACACGGUUGAAGGCUGUCACAGUUUCCUUCUCUUCUUAAGGAUCUGGGACAUAGAGAUUACACACGACUCGGCCAGUGCGUCUGCACUCCAAGAUAAGCAUGCGACGUGGCAUUGCCUCAGCUGCACUGUUGCAAUGAGGCUGAAGACACAUAGGCAUUGAAAAGGAAGACGAUAAUGCAUGUAAUACGUGUAGAUGUAGGUAACAGGGGCAGACGAAGGAUUGCCUCAUAGGCCAAUGUACUUACAGGUCCAAAGGUUGCAAUGAGGUCAGGAGGCAAGCACUCACUCAGCAUGCUGAUUUCAGUGGGCCAGUGGUCCCAAAGUUAACCUAUUAUUUAACUGAGCAUUUACUACGAGCAACACUCUCACACAGUUUAAUCGAGG